AUGCACUAUGAUGCAGAUUUAAAACAAGAAGAUGAUAGAAAACAGAUCCGGGGGGGGGGAGGGAGGAGGCAGAAGAAGCUUGAUGGCGGAGGAGGCAUAAGAAGCCUGACGGCGGAGAAGGCUGGGCGAGCAUAUCAGUUCGUCGUUUCAACCGUUACACCGGUGGCUCUACACCAGACUGAGUCCCCGCUUAACCCAUGGCAUCCGGAGCAGGUGGAGAAGCCGGUGGCGGAGCGGUGGAGGCGUUGA